UCUCGGUGGCACGUGCAUAUCACGUGACUAUUUCAGUCUGAUAUGGAGACCGGAAUGCGACCAGAUCUCUCACAAGGUGAGACCGCCUAGCGCGAGCGCCCGUGAGCCCGUCGGAAAUGCAGGGAGGCUCCACCGGCAUCGUCUACGGCGGCCUCAAGUACCAGGCCAGAUGCAUCGCCGACGUUAAAGCUGAUCCGGACCACACCAGCUUCCUCGCCGGCACCCUCAGCCUUCGAGAAGAGAACGAGGUCCAUUUGAUCCGGCUCUCGCCCUCGGGAACGGAGCUCGUGUGCGAGGGCUUGUUCUACCACCCCAGCGAGAUCUGGGAUCUCAAGUCCUGCCCCUUCGAUCCAAGAAUCUUCUCCACCGUCUUCACCUCCGGUGAAACUUAUGGAGCGUCCAUUUGGAAGAUUCCUGAGCUCUAUGGUCAAUCAAAUGCCCCUCAACUAGAACAGCUUGUCUCUCUGAAUGAACAUUCUUUUAAGAUCAAAUGUGUCCUUUGGUGGCCAUUGGGAAAGCAUGAUAAAUUGAUUAGCAUUGAUGAGGGAAAUCUUUUCCUGUGGAGCAUAGAUUCUUCAAGUAAGAUAGCUAAGGUGAUAUCAAAAGAAUCUGUUGGUAUGCUUCAUAACUUGUCUGGUGGAGCAUGGGACCCUCACGAUCAGAAUGCUGUUGCUGCAAUAUGUGGAUCAUCGCUUCAGUUUUGGGAUCUUCGCACAAUGAAGAAGACAAAUGCAAUUGAGCACGCACAAGUUAGGGAUGUCGAUUAUAAUCCCAAAAAGCAGCACAUACUUGCCACGGCAGAGGAUGAAUGUGGGAUACGGUUAUGGGAUCUUAGAAUGCCUAGGCUUCCUGCAAAAGAGCUCCCUGGACAUGCACAUUGGACUUGGGCUGUUCGCUACAACCCAGAGUAUGAUGAGCUGAUUUUGAGUGCUGGAACAGAUUCAGCUGUCAACUUGUGGUUGGCUUCUACCACUGGCAGUGAUGAUUCAGCAGCUGAAAGUCUAGUUGACUCACCUACGCGUCAGAUAGAUCCACUUCUCAACUCAUACAAUGACUAUGAAGAUAGCGUUUAUGGUGUCGCAUGGAGCUGUCAGGGAGCCUUCAAUGUUUGCAUCAUUGUCUUAUGAUGGGAGGGUGGUCGUUGAAUCAGUAAAGCCGUACAUCCGGACAAAGUUGAAAAAAGCAUCCGCCAUAGAUAUUACACUUAAGCUUGAUUGGAACUCCUAUUCCUGCAUGCUUGGAUCUCCUGAAACAUCAUACACAUGGAAUCAUCUAUUAUCCUUCUUUGUUUUGUCCUGAGAACAUUGACAGGAUUCUGUGAACCGCAAGCACAACAAAUUAUUUCAGAAUCUCGGAAUAGGUUGUGCCUAAGCAUGCAAAAAGAUGCUGUAACUUGAUGAAUAACUAUGCUCUGUAUGCGUUAGCACAUUGUGGAUUUGAGAUGGGACGUUUUCCAUUUAUGUAAUUGCUAAGUAAGAAGGGUUGUAAUAAAAGGAAAAAUGAGAUUUGAUUCA